AUGGUAUCUGCUCAAACUACUGAAAAGGUUAAACAAUUAAUCAAAACUAAACCAAUCUUCAUUGCUUCCAAAACUUAUUGUCCUUAUUGUUCCGCCACUAAAGCAACAAUUAAUGCUAUUACAAAAGAUGCUUAUAUUUUAGAAUUAGAUGAAGAAGAAGAUGGAGCUGAAAUUCAAGAAGCUUUAUUAGAAUUAACUGGUCAAAGAACCGUCCCUAAUGUCUUUAUUGGUGGUCAACAUAUUGGUGGUAAUUCAGAUGUUCAAGCUUUGAAAUCAGCCAAGAAAUUAGAUGAAAAGAUUAAAGCUGUUUUAUAG